UAAUGUCAUAUUUGUGAGAAAAGGUGAAACUACCCAUCGACCAUUCGAGAAAACGUCGAUUGAAUACUUGUUUCGUUUACGUCUUUUACAAGCGCUAAUAUUCAUUUCCGAACAAGUUCAUAAGCAACGUUUAUUUCCGUAUUAAACUAGCAGGCUAACAGCGAGUGGGAGGGAACCAUCUCGCUCCCUGCUCGUCUUUGUGGCGUUCAAUGCGCAUGCGCGGCAAUCCCCCAGCUGCAGGUGUUGCGGCUGCAGAGCUGUCCCGGCCAAUCACUUCACUUCCUGUUUAUCGAGGCUUUUUGAAUGGAUUAAUUAAUCGAUACGUGUCAAUCCAAUGAUCAAGACACAAAGACUCUCAGGAUUGUGACUUUUUUUUUUUUUUAGGCGUGUGACUUACCGGAGCAGAAGGGCAGAUAUCAUGGAUCUGCGUUGCCGGGACUGGAUGGCCGCUUUGCCGGAGGAGCUGUGGGACGUCCCGCUCAACUACCUGGCCAUACCCGGAAGUCACGACACGAUGAGUUAUUGUCUGGACAUCAACUCUCCGCUGGUCAGGUCUGAGUCGGACAUCUUCAGGAUCCUGGAUGGACUUUGCUGCUGCUUCACCAGGCCCACCAUUUACAAGUGGGCCACCACACAGGAUCGCUGCAUCGAGGACCAGCUGUCAAUGGGCAUCCGUUACUUUGACCUGCGCGUAGCACGCAAGCCCAGCGAGCCGGGGUCCCACCUACACUUCACGCACAUCCUGUACACACACCUGACGGUGCUGGAGACGCUGGCGUCUAUGGCAUCCUGGCUGGACGCUCACCCCAAGGAGGUGGUCAUCCUGGCCUGCAGACACUUUGAGGGAAUGGACGAUCAAAUCCACGAGUCCUUCAUCUCGGCGCUGCAGCACCUCUUCGGCACCAAGCUGUGUCCUCGCCAGGAACCCGAGCUGACCCUCAGGGCUCUGUGGGCGUCGGGUCGCCAGGUGCUCCUGUCCUACGACGCAGACGUGGCGUCCAGGCACGCUCAGCUGCUCCCCGCUAUCCCCUACUGGUGGGCCAACCAGGGCACGGCCCGCGGCGCCAUCAGAUACCUGGAGUGGCAGCAGCAGCUGGGACGCCCAGAGGGCUUCUUUGUGGCGGGCCUGAACCUGACGGCAAACAGGAAGUACAUCCUGACCAAUCCCAAGCAGUCCCUGCGCACGCUCACCUGGGCCCAGUGGGAGCACCUGAGCAAGUGGCUGCAGGACCAGAGACCCGGCUCGGACCGCCGCAGCCUCAACAUCAUCGCGGCGGACUUUGUGGGCCCGCUUCCUCUCUGCUCGCUGGUCAUCGGCCUCAACAGGAAACUGCUGACUCGCUACAACUCCGACUGAUAUCUAUCAACAUGCAUAUCAGCUCAUGGCAGAACCACCACCACGUCAUGAUGGUGAGAUCACUCGGCCUUUGGCCACAUACCAUUCCAUCCGAGUCCCGUUCCUGGGUUGGACAUUCCAUUCUCUGCCCCCCUCUCCUUCGUGGAGGGGGGGGGGGACAGAUUCGGUGACCAUAGAUGAAGCGCUAGCUGUCCAAAGUGGGGACCCAGGGUGGACCACUCAUCUGUGCAUCAGUUGGGGACGUCUCAGCUCGAGAUGAUCUCCUGCUGGUCCCACUCUGGAUUGGACUCUCUCUAUUAUGUUAGAUCCACUAUGGACUGGACUCUCUCUAUUAUGUUAGAUCCACUAUGGACUGGACUCUCUCUAUUAUGUUAGAUCCACUAUGGACUGGACUCACACACUAUUAUGUUAGAUCCACUAUGGACUGGACUCACACACUAUUAUGUUAGAUCCAUGAUGGACUGGACUCUCUCUCUUAUUAUUUUAGAUCCACUAUGGACUGGUCUCUCACUAUUAUGUUAGAUCCAUACUCGAUUCAACACAAUACUCGAUUCAACACGACACACAAUUCAACAGAGUACUCGAUUCAACGAGACACUUGAUGCAACAGAGUAGUUGAUGCAACAAAACAUUAGAUUCAACACAACACUCGAUUCAACAAAACACUCGAUUCAACAGAGUAGUCAAUUCAACAAAACACUCGAUUCAACACAAUACCCGAUUCAACAGAGUACUCGAUUAAGCAAAACACUCGAUUCAACACAAUACUCGAUUCAACAGAGUAGUCGAUUCAACACGACACUUGAUUCAACAGAAUACUUGAUUAAACAGGGUACUCAAUUAACAGAGCACUCGAUUCAACGAGACACUCAAUGCAACAUGAUACUCUCAAUGUAAUAUUUGUUGUAUUAAUAAUAAUAAAACUUUUUCACACA